UGUGAGCGCCGCCGGUUUUCUUUCGAAGAAACUCGAUUCUCACGGGAGCGUCGCAUCAAUUACUGCACAAAUUUCUGUUGAUUUCACGGUGAAAGAGGCGACCAGGCGGUGGAAAUCAACAUGAGUGUGGAAGAUGAAGUGCUGAAGAUCCAGAAGAAAUUGAGUAAAAUGAUAUCACCCGAUGGCACGGGACAGGAACAGGCACUGGAUCUGCUGAAGACACUCCAGACUCUCAACAUAGACUUGGACAUCCUGACCAAGACGCGGAUAGGCAUGACAGUGAAUGAGUUGCGGAAGAGCAGCAAGGACGACGAGGUGAUCAGUCUGUCCAAGACACUGAUAAAGAACUGGAAGCGCUUCCUCGCCGUGACGCCGCAGAGCAAGGAGUCAUCGGGCAGCUCCUCCAAGAGCGCCAGCAAGUCCGCCAGCAAGAAGGAGAGCAAGCGCGAUGACAAGGAGAAGGAUCGCGGACGGAUGCAGACGAGUUUUCCCGCCUCCAGCAACUCUAUGACUGACGCCAUCCGCCUCAAGUGUCGCGAGAUGCUGGCCAAUGCCCUCAAGACCGACAAUGAUCCCGAGGUGAGCUCCACGGCGGACGAGCUGGCUGAGGAGCUGGAGGAUGCGAUCUACAGUGAGUUCAAGAACACAGACAUGCGAUACAAGAAUCGUAUACGAUCGCGCGUGGCCAAUUUGAAGGAUCCGAAGAAUCCCACGCUGCGGACAAACUUCCUCGGCGGUGCCAUUCUGGCCGUGAAGCUGGCCAAGAUGACGCCCGAGGAGAUGGCCAGCGAUGAGAUGAAGAAGCUGCGCGAGCGCUUCGUCAAGGAGGCCAUCAAUGACGCCCAGCUGGCCACUGUUCAGGGCACCAAAACCGAUCUCCUCAAGUGCGGCAAGUGCAAGAAGCGCAACUGUACCUACAAUCAGAUUCAGACACGAAGUGCUGACGAACCUAUGACUACUUUUGUGCUCUGCAACGAGUGCGGACACCGCUGGAAGUUCUGCUAAAUCUCACAGCUGAGCAUUUCCCUCUCCGCGACAGCCGCGCGCAGGGCGAGACUGGCCAGUGGCAGUUCUUCUUAGAUCAGAGAGACAACACAUAUUCAAGGAGCAACAUUCUUUUCCGAAAUCUUCUAGAGAUGCGUUAUCACGACACAGAUGAAUUCACUCUACUUCUCACUUUGAUUUCCUCCUCCUCUGCUCGCCCCUUUCCCGCGCAUACAUGAUUGAUGUGUAAUGAGAAUUAUGUUUUUGUACCAUGUACAUGUGAAUUGAGACAAAAAAAAAAUGUAUUCAAAAUGAUUAGAGAAAUAUGAAUAUGAAGAAAAUUCACAAUAAAGAUUUUUGGUGACCACAA